UUCAACGAAAAGGAACCAAAAAUGAAAACAAAACAGUUUCUUGUAAAUUUACUAUUAGAUCUUCAUCUCAAAGGUUUAAUGUCGGAAGAGGACGUUAUAAGAGAUACAGAAGGUGCCAUUUUCGCUGGUCAUGACACAACUGCCCAUGCUAUGUCCUGGACUCUAUAUUUCCUGGGAAGAUUUCACGAUAUACAGGAAAAAGUGUAUUUGGAAUUAAAGAGCAUUUUUCAUAAUGAUACGAAUAGGAAUAUUACUGUUGAUGACUUGAUGAAAAUGACGUAUUUAGAAUGCGUAAUAAAGGAAUCGAUGAGAAUCUAUCCUCCUUUUCCUGUCAUUGGUAGGAAAAUUUCUCAUAAAAUUACAAUAGGUGAUUAUGUUUUGCCAUCACAAUCAAGUUGUUAUAUUUACAUCCAUGCCAUUCACCACAACCCUUCUGUUUAUAAAAAUCCAGAAGUGUUCGAUCCUGACCGCUUCUUGCCCGAAAACUUCAAAAGUCUUCCUCCUUACGCUUUUCUGCAAUUUUCUGCCGGUCCACGAAAUUGUCUAGGAAGUAAACUUGCAAUGAUUAAAAUGAAAACAGUUUUGGCAAAUGUUCUACGGAAUUUUAAAAUUCACUCUUUGGAUCCUCAAGACAAGAUCGUUAUGUAUUACGAAGUAGUCAUGACCCCAGUAUCAGGUAUUAGAAUGUGGUAUGGAAGGUUUAUUUUGUAUAAGUNAGGUUUUAAACUCUCAGCAAGAAACAGAGAGAAACAGGAAAUAAAAAGCAAAUGUGUGUCUGUGUCAUUUUUACCAUUUAUCUGGAACUUUGUGUUUUCUCAAAAGAACAGAAUUCAAAGACAACAAUUUCGAAACAAAGCUGUAGUAAGUACAAUACUUGGAAUCACUACGCUAUUUCCUAAAGAAAAAAUCGUUCGCAUUAAUAUUUUUGGAUUCAAAGUAUUUAUUCUCACACAUCCGGAAUCUGCUCAAGAAGUGUUAAAAAGCAACUCUCUAAUCCAGAAAGAUUUUUCUUACGACUUCUUAAAACCAUUUCUGGGAGAGAAUAGUCUUCUGUACAGAAGAAGAAGAAAAUAUUUAGCUCCACAUUUUCAUCUUUGGAAUCUGAAAAAUCAUCAAGACGUGUUUAUGAAACAUUCAAACAUGUUAAUCAUGAAAUUAAAAAAAUUGCAGAAUAAUGAAGUAUUCAAUGCCUUGAAAUUGAUGAAAUUUUGCGCUUUAGAUAUAAUUACAGAAGUUACAUGUGGAGUCUCUGUGAAUUCUCAGACCGAGGGUAAUCAAGAGUAUCUCUCUGCAUUAGAUAGGUAUGGAAAAUUUACUUCUGUAUAUAAUGUAUUCGUUUUGAAAAUAUUUACAAAAUUCAAGUUUAAAAUGCAUGUAAGAUAAUUAGUAUAAGAGGGUGGACCCAAAAAACCGGAUUUUUUGUAUAAAAACUUUAUUUAUUCAACUUUUUUACAAAAUGUAUUCUGUCACCUUCAAAGUACUCUUAGAUGCGAUGCACUUGUGAAGUCUUUUUCCCCACUGUUUGAACACCUCUGGAACUCUUCAACCUUGAUGUCGUCCAGUGCCCUUAAGCGAAGCUGUUUUUACUGCCUUCACGUGAUCAAAACGCUCCCCUUUUAGAUCUUUCUUCAUUUUCGGAAACAGAAAAAAGUCGCACGGGGCUAGGUCUGGUGAAUACGGAGGGUGGGGAACGACAGGCCAUCCCCGAGAGGCCAAAUAGUAGGUCACUCGUAAAGCCGUGUGUGCGGGGGCGUUGUUGUUAUGAAGGAACAGUCACCUGAUCGCCAAAGUUCCGGGCGUUUCCUUCACACAUCCUCUCGCAGAUGUCUUCUCAAUUUUUGGCGGAAUUUUUAAACGUUUUCGUCGUUUCGAGAUUUUGAAGGACGCUCAGAACUUCGCAGGCAGAACGAAACAACAGUAAGAGAAACAGAACACUACGCUUAAACAUAAACCUACAAACUGACGCCGUUUGCGCAGCUGUUUCGUGAAGGUCUCUACUAACCCCAUGUAACAAGAGAACUCUCUACUACGUCUACGAAUGGCAGCGCGCUCUCAGUUCGGUUAUUUUUUUGGGUCCCCCUCGUAUAAUGAAAUUUUCAAAUUUUUCAAAAAACGUGAAUAUUUGGUUCAAGUUUAGUAAAUCAAAUGCCCAUUCAAUUGAUGUACACUCACUCAGCAUUAGUAUAUAAAUAAAAAACACUACACCUUAAUUUGCUGAGAAAAAAUUUAAUCUAACGCAAACGUUUUCAGCCAAAUCAGUUGGCCAUCGUCAGGCUAAGAACAUUCGAAUAUAAAUAAAAUGGAACAAAAAUUUAAAUACAAAUAAAAUAAAAUAAC